UGCGUCACCACUUACAAAGUUUAUAGUUCAAGGAAGGUCUUUCAACUUUCAUUGACUAAUGAUUGAGCGUCCUUGGCCAGUCUUACACAUUCCGGAAAACGACAAGCGAAUUUACGCGAACAAUACUUGUUUACAGUGCAACUUGGUUCAUAGUAAGUGGACGAAGCAGCAAAUUAUGUCGUCCGAUUCUCUGGUGUGUUUGAAGGAUUUUGAGAAGUACGCGAAGGAACACCUCAACAGGAACGCAUGGGGGUUCUUCUCUGCAGGAGCGGAGGGGUGUCAGACACUGAGGGACAAUGAAGAAGCCUUCAGAAGACUCCGUCUCCGACCACGGUUCCUGCGAGACGUGUCAGUACGAGACAUGUCCACCACUCUCCUGGGACACAGAGUAGACAUGCCCAUCGGGAUCAGCCCCACAGCCAACCAAGGCCUGGCCUCCCCUCAGGGGGAAAUUGGUACAGCCAAAGCUUCAGCACAGUUCCAGACCUGUAUGAUAUGCAGCACUUACUCCAACUUCACCAUGGAGAACAUCAUGGACUCCAGCCCUGAUGGACUCAAGUGGUUCCAAUUGUACGUGCGUCCUGAUAGAGCUACCACCGCGGGGCUGGUCCGGAGAGCAGAGCAGGCGGGCUACAAGGCUCUGGUGCUCACUGUGGACUUGCCUAUUGUAGGUAGAAGGUACCCCGACAUGAGACACGGCUUCUCAAUGCCUCGACAUCUCAGAGUGGCCAACUUGGGCAAUGCCGAUCUCAGCAAGAGCAAGAAAGACAGAAGUGGGGCUCUGGAUUACGGGCUGGGAGGACCUGACCAGUCCUCGGAUGUAUCCCUGUCCUGGAAGGAUGUCGCCUGGCUGAGGUCCAUCUGUAGUCUACCCAUCAUCCUGAAGGGCAUCCUGACCGCUGAGGACACUCGGCUGGCCGUACAACACGGAGUGGACGGGAUCCUGUUGUCCAACCACGGAGGCAGGCAACUGGACGGCGUGCCUGCAACGAUAGAAGCCCUGCCAGAGAUCGUGCAGGCAGCAGGUGAUAAGUUAGAGGUGUACAUGGACGGGGGAGUACGGACGGGAACAGAUGUUCUCAAGGCACUGGCUCUCGGCGCCAGGGCGGUGUUUAUUGGACGUCCCGCAGUUUGGGGCCUGUGUUAUAAGGGACAAGAGGGUGUGGCCAAGGUACUCAGUAUCCUGAAAGAGGAAUUCAGUCUAGCCAUGGCUUUGUCAGGUUGUAGAAGUUUACGAGAUAUUACCCCAGCUCUUGUCGUCCGAGACAGUAGAUACAGUCGACUUUAAUGUUUUCUUCUGUGUCACACAUAUCAUCAUCAUCAUUAAGUCAUCGCAUAUACAUGUAAUAGUAGUAGCUAGAUGUCCUGAGGCGGGCCAUCAUUUUUAUCCAAAGUACAGUGGAAUACAUCUAUUUUUGCAGGAGCUUAUAUAGUAUUUGGGAAAGGAGAUUUUAGCAGUGUUUCUGCAGUACAGUUAAGCAUAAUGCAUAUUGUACUUGUACAUCGGAAAAUAGAAGUAAAGUAAUUGUAGACAGAGAGUACUAGUAUAUUCUUAGAAGGGAAUCAUAUAAGCAUGAGAAGCUUGCUUUCCAAAUGUGAAUAAGAAGAAAUAAAAAGAAUGUAGUUUGUUGCAAUGAUCUAUCAUUAGCAUUAUGAAGUCAGAAACUGAGGAUGUAACUGGCUGGUACAGUUAACGGUAAUAGUAAUUAUAGUCUCUUAACUAUCUCCCUGCCUCCUGACCCUUUAGGCCUGCAGUCCUUUCAACAACUCUGUCUCUGUAUCUGUCUUUUAAAUGACUAUAUAGCUGCUUAAAUUGCAUACCCGCUCAUCUGACUAUCAGUAUAGUUGUCAUUCUUUUACCCUCAGACAAUAGUGUGAUGGAAUUGUACUGGAACGUACUAAAAGCAGAAGAAUACUGUUCUCAAUGAAGUACUACAGAUGUAUGUGCAAUUUGUUUUUAAUUCUGGUAUUAUAUCUGCAUCUAAGAUGUACUGCAAUACAAAAACGUUGUAUCUCCCAUUAAAAUUUGCAAAA